CUCGCAUCGCGCAGUAUCGCGCCGCCCUCGCUUUGGAUCGCUCGCCACCAUGUCGAGGGUCUACAGAGAAAAACUCAUCGACGAAGUGAAAAAAUACCCGGUUCUUUAUGAUACUAGAAAUGAGAACCAUAGAGAUAUUGAUGUGAGAGAUCGCUGCUGGGCAGAGAUAUCGGAACGGUUGGGAGAGAACAGCGAAAUUCUAAAGCGAGAAUGGAAAAUCCUCCGCGACUCCCUUCGGCAGUCCCUCAAGAAAUGUAAACAAGGGGUCACUACUAAAGCGGGCACACCGUGUAAGAAGUGGCGGUUUCAGAACAGGAUGUCCUUCGUGCUACCCUACAUGACCAUCCGAAGAACGCAAAGGCGACAAAGAGACGUGAAGAUCGACGAAACAGAAAAAGACAUACAAUCGGAACCAGAGUCAGAAACCUGGGACACUGGCUCUGGAGACCAGGACUCCUUGGAGCUGUUCUUUGCCAGCGUCUGCCAGAGCACUAAGAGGCUGCCUAAAACUUAUCAGAAUCAGAUAAAACGGCAAGUCCUCGACGUAUUACUCAGAAUAGAAGAAGAAGCCGAAGUUCUAGACACCAAGAGUGCCGUCAACAGGAACUUUUAACUGGUCAGCUUCAUUCUGACCCACUCCCUACGCGGC